CCGUACAUCGCAGUCGCCGACCACGUCCGCGUCAAAGCGGUCCUGCAGUGCGUUACAACCACCACGUUCGCCCAUCCACUGGAAUAACACAAUACUUGAGCGUAAGUACAGUUUUUCGGGAAUCGUGACGAAAAUACUAUUUAUAUAAUACUGAUAUAUUAUACGGUGGACAGCGAUCUGUCGUAGUUUUUAUUAUCGAAAUUAUUAUUUUUUGCCGUCCGUCACGACAGUUGCGUGCUGUAUAGUCGUCGUCCGACCGGAAACAUCGACGGCCUCACAAACAUCAACGAAACAGUAAUGUUUGGGGUCAUACAGAGGUAUGCCUCAUGGUUGCCCGUGGAUGGUACCACUAUUUAGAUGGGCCUUGUUAUCUGGUUGCGUGGCCAGAUCGCUGAGUCCCGAUACCAAAAUGUCCGAGGUUUCCACACAAAACAUGACAGAAGAAAAUUUGACUUGCUACACUUGCGUAAACGUAUCAGACAAUUUGACGUGCAACCAAUACGCCAUUGAUAAACCAUGUGCUCGAGAUCUAGAUUACUGCCAGACAUUACACAUAAUGGAUUCGACUGGAACUAGUGUUAUUGUUAACAAAAAAUGUGCUAACCGAACAGAAUGCCAUCCGUCCACUGUCGGUUGUCUAAGCAUUGACAGACAGACUGUGUGCGUAUCCUGCUGCGAUGACAUGUACUGCAACAUGACCGUGCCAACAAACCAAACAAACGCAGUGGUAACGGUCACACGCAAACAUCACGCGAGUCCUACCAAAGGACCGAAAACAAAAUCCGCCGGUGACGUACUUUGCACCACUCAACUGACGGUCGCAUCGUAUUUAUUAUUGUUUCUCGUGUAUUAUUGACCACCGUUUUACAGUGCUAGAUCGUUAUACGUUUAUAAAAAAAAUAUUAUAUCUUAACCGUUACCUCAAUAAUUAUAUUAUAUGUAGUUGAGUUUAGAUUUAGCUGUGACACAGGUUAUGCACAAACAUAAUGCAAACAAACUUCAAACUUGCGUGGUUAUUAAUCAUUUAAACUGUGCAGAGUAUAUUUAAUAUUAUAUACGCUUGUGUAUAGCCAAUUCACAGUUAAACGCCAACAGAUAAUACUCGUUGGAAACGUUACGACCUUAAAAUAUUACGUAGGUGGGCAGAGCGAAACAGGACGAUCAAAAAUACAUUAUUUGCAAACUAAAAAAGUAAUUUCUUGUUAUCUGAAUAUCAAAAUUAAAUCGUGGUAAAAAAAAAAAAAAACUUUUUAGAAUCUGUACUAAUAUUAUAUAAUAUAAGAAAUUAUAAAAAUAAUGGAUAGGUUACGCUGCACAAUAUAUUAUCAAAGUACGAGUAAAUUGUUUUAUGCGUAUAUAAGAAAGGUCUAUAAGUCCCUUAGGAAACGAAGUAAUCAAUAGUUUUGACAUCAGUUAAAUUACCAUAUAAAUAUGCAAUACAGAAUAAAUUAAGAUAAAAUAUAUUUCAUAAAGUUUUUAUAAAAUAAAAAAAAAAUACUCAUAGAAACCCCAUCCAUAUCGCUUAUUUUUCUUGCUCUGUCCAUACUUAUUCAAUGUGAACAAAAAAAAAUUCAUCGUUAUAUUUACCUACUUAUUUGAAAAUGAAAAUGUUUUUAAUCGAACUAAAUUUUUUGUUUAUUUUUUAACCUUCUUGUUAUAACAUAAAAUAAACGAUACUAUAUAAUAAA